AUGAUACCUGACCAUCUCUUUGAUGAGGGGAUUAAUAACUCCUUGUUACGUAAUGAUAUGAAACAUGUUCAUUUAAAUAGAAUUGUUUACAGCAAAACUCAAAAGGAUUAUGAGCGAGAUCAACGUAACCUGUUGUCAUCUCAAGAUGGUGACACAUGUGAGAUACACGACCAGUUUUAUAGAGACCACAAAUUACUUCUCGUGUUGUUCAGAGCGCUAGCUGUUAUGCCCAUCACACGAUCAAGACCUGGCACGAUUACUUUCAGCUGGAAAUCUCGUGCGACGACGUACGCCAUAUUUUUCUACAUCGUCACUACAAUCAUUGUUCUAGUGGUCGGCUAUGAACGCCUUAUGAUUCUACGUUCAAUUAAAAAGUUCGAUGAUUACAUAUAUUCCAUACUAUUUGUCGCAUUCCUCGUCCCACAUUUUUGGAUCCCUUUCGUCGGAUGGGGCGUAGCGCAUCAAGUCGCAAUUUAUAAAACGAAUUGGGGAAAGUUUCAAGUGAGAUAUUAUCGUGUGACUGGUGAAAAUCUCAAAUUUCCGAAUCUUAAGACGUCUAUAGUUAUAAUAAGUGUAGGAUGCCUGUUACUCGCUGUGUGCUUUCUUCUCAGCCUGUGUGCAUUAUUGGACGGGUUCCUUCUGCGUCACACGACAGCAUAUUAUCAUAUUAUUACUAUGAUUAAUAUGAAUUGUGCGUUGUGGUAUAUUAACUGCAAGGGAAUUAAAAUUGCAUCGCAGAGUCUGUCCAAUUGCUUUAGCAGGGAUGUGUCCAUAGAAUGUACGGCCAGUUUGAUAUCAAGCUAUCGUUUCCUUUGGCUAAAUUUGUCAGAAUUGUUACAAUCAUUAGGAAAUGCCUAUGCUAGAACAUAUUCGACGUAUUGCCUUUUCAUGUUCUUCAACAUAACUAUUGCUGUUUACGGCGCGUUGUCAGAAAUCGUGGAUCAUGGUUUUCGAUUUAGUUUCAAGGAGAUGGGUUUGAUUGUUGAUGCAGCUUAUUGUUCAACGUUGCUUUUCAUUUUUGCUGAUUGCUCCCACAAGUCCACACUGAAGGUAGCAGCUGGUGUUCAAGACUGUCUUCUAUCUAUAGAUGUGUUGUCUGUUGACAGGCCGACACAAAAAGAGAUAGAUCAUUUCAUACAAGCUAUAGAAAUGAACCCGGCUGUAGUGAGCUUGAAGGGAUACGCUCACGUAAACAGAGAACUACUAACAUCGGCAAUAAGCAUGAUAGCCAUUUACCUCAUAGUCUUGUUGCAGUUCAAGAUUUCAUUGCCCAAGGAGAUCUCUAGUUCUUAA